CGGCAAACGUAACCUUAUUGGUAAAACUCAUAAUUGAAUGAACUAAAAGGCAUCAGUCUUUCUCACAUUUAAUUUAAGAUCAUUUUCAAUCAUAUGAUCGAAUCAGAAUUGCGAAAUACAGCGAAGUCUGACUUAAUUUAUCUGAGCAAAUGUUUCUCCAAAGCUUAUCGAAAGUUAGAUAGUUCAACAGUAUGACUACGGUCUAGGAGAUGUUCAUGUAUAGUAGAAGAACAGCGAGCCGAAAUUGCUGUGUACUAUCUCUGACUUUGUAUUAAUAUUGACUUUUCCUUUUCAGACAGAGUUUAUGGCGCGAUGGAAGCAACAUCUGGUUGACGAAAAUAUUAAAAAUUGAUUUCACUAUGUUCUCGAAGAAAAGUCCGAGUAAAACAUGGUGGAAUCAAGCAUAACGCGCUAAAAGCCUUCCACAAAGCUAGAGAUCGAUUAGGCAUGCCUUUCUUCGGGUAUGCGCUUGAGCAAAAAACGUCAGUAGGUCGCAGUUUCCCUCGUUAAAAACGGCCCGUAAACGGUGUAAAACCGGUACGUUUACGGCCCGUUAACGUAGACUUAACGGGACGUUAACUUGGCCGUUUUGAAUGGCCUGGGAUGUAUAUGUAAUCACACAGAUAUAUCUGCCUGUGAAUAGAAAGAUAUGUAGAAAGCAAAAAUAUAAUGGGAUUUGACACCAAAUGAAAGCGAAAAAGGGAACGGGCUAGCAGCACAAAAUCAGAUGAAAUCCUACAGUAAUCUUACCAAAUCGUAUGAUAAGAUAUCUAUACGAUCUUAUAAGACCUUAUAAGAGCUUACUGUAAGAUUCUAUAAGAUGAAUCAGUUUCUAUGAUUUUCCGUAAAAUUUUUAUACGAUCUUGUACGAUUUUUGUCUGAUAUUACAAGAUCAUACUGUAGGAUCAUAUAAGAUCUUACAGUAAGAUUCUUUGACUUGGGUUAAGGCUCAACCGCUAUGAGAUUGUAGCUUACACUCUGAUGAAUAACUUUUGCUCCAAGGUUAUAGUCUGAUUCCGAACUUCGGGUAGCAAGAAGACUGUAUUUUCUGACUAGGACUCGUUUUACUAGGCAUUUUGCGUGUAUUGGUUCGAAUUAGGAGCAAAAAAUUGCUUGUGGCGAAUUAAAAACAGUGUUCCUAAUUCGAACCGGAGAGAUGUCUAAAGAUAAUUUAAUAUCUCUGUAUAGAAAUGAAAUUAAUGGUUGAACCUCUGGAAUCCAGUUUGAUGUGGCGAACAUUUUUUGUUCCAAGAGUACACGAAGCUUUCUAAAUGGGUGCAACUGUUAGAGAAGUGAAGGAAAAUAGAAUAAAUAGAUGAAAUAGGAUAUAGCAAUUAUCAUCGAUAGAACGAUUUGCCUUGAUUAGAAAAGAGAUACUUAGAAAAUAUCCUGAUAGACAAAAUAUUAUAUACUUUCCCUGCCGUUUCGAUUAAUAAAUAUUAAGGUCAAUAGUUUUUCUGGGAUAUGAAAGCAACUCGUUUAAGAGCAAUAUCUUGUCCCUGUCACACUUAUAAAAGAACAGAUGUAUGAUACUUCUUUUUACUUGAUUUGAAUACACUGUACUUUAUAUACCAUUCGAUAGAGAAUUUUACGGGCUACAAAAUGAUAGAUAACAUAUUGAGAACAAAUUGGACCUGAGGGUCCUAACACUAGAAAUACUACCGGAGAGUGAUGUUUUCGACAUCGACGGAUAGGCUAAAUCCAUAUAAAACAGACUGCCAUUUACAUCGACCUUUGACGUCAGUGACGAGACCGACCUCAUAUUAUAGAGCUCAACAAGCUGACCGAAUGGUGAAAAUCGCAAGUCUCCAGCCUUGUUAAAAAUAAAGCUAUAGCCAUUUUACCCUCGCAGCAGAAAAAUGCAUUUUCGUCAUUUUCCAGCAGAUUUGGCCUAAAUUGUAGAACGUCUACUGACCACAUUCCCUAACGUAGAACCUUGAUGUUGGUAUCAAAUGAAAGAGCGCAUCGAGUUCUAUGUAUUUCGAUGGAGAAAAGUUAUGCUACAUCUCGGAGUCUUGAGAUAGAGAUUUCUGAAAAACCCGGUUUUGUAGAAACCUAGUGAUCUUAAAGUUACUUUCAGAAGCCUUUCAACCAUAUCAAUAGAUAGCCCCUUCAAUUCUCCAUAAAAUAAGAUGCUGGCCAAGCUUCUACGAUCUUAGACAACCGAGUUAUAGGCUUUUUAACAUUAUGAAUAUAAAUUCAGUGGCGUUAAUGCCGUUUUCAAUCUGUAUCGUAUUUUCCAUGCCACGUUUUGAUACAACAUCGUAGAAACUUGGCCAGCAUCUUAAGAUGCUGAGGAAUAAUAGACCUUAAAUAUAACACUAGAUACAUCGCCUGUUGAUUAUAGUGUAAGUUAUUUUUUCAUCAUGUUCUGCAACCAUCAGACUGUUUGACAUUAUGCUUAUAUUUGACAUACUUCCAUACUAGUAACAUACUUCGUUCGUUUUUCAAAAAAAAAACAAUAGAACAGCGAUGGAAUUAUAUUAUACUUGUAAAAAAAGAAAUGAGUAAGAAAGUAAUUGAGAGGAAACUCAAGAAAAGAAACAUUUUUGUGAAAAAAAGAAUAUAAACAAAUCAUAGUAGGUUUUUUCCACAUUGCAAACGAACAAAAUACCUUACAUGUGAAUAGAGGAUCUCUUCUCACACACGCUUAACGAGUUACAGCAAUGCAUAGAUACAUAAUUCUUUUAGUCAUCAUCUUUUGCAAUGCGCAAGAUGAUCCUCCGAUUCCGAAGUAUAAUGAGGCUACUAGUAUUUCGGCAAUGUUUUAUUCAUCUGCAGCUUAUUGUGAUCCACUUUCAUUACUUCUUUGGAAUUGUGGUAUUGCUUGUUCAUCAAAUGACGGCAUUCUAACAGUCCGUCCAGUUGUCUACGUAACGACAAAAUCAUUUACAUACGGUUAUGCCACUUAUAACACGAUUACUAAUACAAUUAUCGUAGCAUUUCGUGGCACAGACGGUAUACCGUCAGAUAUAACAUUCCGUACUUUAGAAAGUUUUCUAAAUUGGGAAACAAAUCUUGAAUUUACAAUGAUCGAUUAUAAUGGUGUACCGAAUACUAAAGUGCAUAUCGGUUUCUAUCAUGCAUAUGAUGCAAUUAAAACACAAGUACGAUCGAGUGUAUACGCUCUAGUGCAAACAUUUCCACAAGCAACAGUCCUAGUAACUGGGCAUUCAUUAGGCGGUGCCUUAGCAACAUUAGCAGCCAUCGAUUUAAAACAACAGUAUGAAGCAGCCAUAAUACAGUUGUAUACAUUUGGUUCGCCUCGUGUCGGAAAUGCAGCAUUUGUUGAUUAUAUGUACACUUUUUUUCCACAAGGGUCAAUUUAUCGUAUUGUACAUUCAAAUGACAUCGUCCCUCAAGUGCCAACAUUUAUGGAAAACUAUGUUCAUGUUGGUAUUGAAAUAUGGUAUCCCAAUAAUGAUUUGACAUAUCGUCAAUGUCUACUUGCACCACCUGUUUAUGAAGAUCCAACAUGUUCCUUUAGUCAAGUAUUAAAUCUUGAUAUAGCAGCACAUAUGCUUUAUCUUGGUUAUUCAAUAACAAAUCUUUGUCCAAUAGAAUGUCCGUUAAGUGAAUGUACUGGCUGUCCAGUAAACCUUGAAAAGAUGAAUGAUGGGGACCUUGGCGCUGCCACGAAAACUAAUACCGUAUUAGCACGGCGAACAAGAAAAUUGAGAAUCCAACAUUUGCUGUACAACAAUGUAUUGCUUCGAAAAGGUUUACUGAUGGACGGAAUUUGCCCAGGACACUGUGAUGGAUCGGGAUGUGAUGAAGUAACUGGAAUCUGUAAAGGUGGCUGUUCAAAUUCUAAUUUAUGGUGGGGACAACUUUGCGAUCAGCCAUGUCUUGGUCACUGUGAUGGUAUGGGCUGUCGUAAGGACAAUGGUCUGUGUGCCGGAAGAUGUUCAGACAACACUAAAUGGUGGUCCGAUCAGUGUGAUAAACACUGUGGCGGUCAUUGUGAUGGUUCGGGCUGCAACAAAGCAACUGGUUUUUGUAACGGUGGCUGUUCAGAUAAGGCUAUAUGGUGGGAAUUAAAAUGCUGUAAUAAUCCCUGUAUAGGACAUUGUGACGGCUCGGGUUGCAGCCAAUCUACUGGAUACUGUAAUGGCGGUUGUGCAGAUAAUACUCAAUGGUGGGGCAAAGCUCACUGUGAUCAGCACUGUAUAGGGCAUUGUGAUGGACAGGGAUGCAAACAGACAACUGGUUUUUGUAAUGGUGGCUGUUCGGAUAACACUAGAUGGUGGGGUGAUGAACAUUGUGAUCGAGAAUGUGUAGGACAUUGUGAUGGGCAGGGCUGUAAUCAGCACACUGGAUAUUGUAAUGCCGGAUGUAACGGUAAAUGGUGGGGAUUAAAUUGUGACAAUAGUUGUGCACAAUGUGAUGAUUUUGGAUGUAAUAAAGAAACGGGCGCGUGUAAUCAUAUUCCAGCACCCACAUCAGCUAUUUGA